AUGGACUCCACGACUCAAGAGCAACAAACCAUCGACGGUUUUCAGACCGAGAAGCCUGAUAUGGGCCUCAAAAACACCAGCACUCAGGAGGUGGUCGCAUCCGAGCUUUUCCACGAGGAGAACUUCUUUACUCGCUAUGGACUCAAUCUUGCCUCGUUCAAGAAGGGCCAUUAUGGAAAAGGCUCGCUCGAGCUCAAGCGGCCCAUGCAAGCCCGGCAUCUGAACAUGAUCGCCAUUGGAGGAGCGAUUGGUGCUGGGUUCUUUGUUGGGUCUGGGCGGGCUCUUUCGUCCGGUGGACCAGCGUCUCUCAUCAUAUGUUUCUGCCUGACAGGAAUCUUGAUCUUCAACGUCGUCUUCGCACUUGGCGAGUUGGCCGUCAUGUACCCUAUCUCCGGGGGCUUCUAUACUUAUUCUACCCGAUUUAUCGAUCCGUCCUGGGGCUUCGCCAUGGGAUGGAACUACAUUUUCUCUUGGGCUAUCAUCCUCCCACUUGAACUUACCGUCUGUGGUAUGGUCAUUCGGUACUGGGACAACUCCACCAGCAUCGGGCUGUGGAUCACAAUCUUUAUAGUGGCAUUACUCUUCUUAAACCUCUUCGGCGGUAUUGGUUACGCCGAAGAAGAGUUCUGGGCCUCCUUGUUAAAGAUCAUCACUAUCAGCACCUUUAUGGUGAUUUCUGUUGUCCUGAUUUGUGGAGGGGGCCCUUCUUCUGGACGGUACGACGAUUACUGGGGCACCCGACUUUGGCAAGACCCCGGGCCAUUCCGGUACGGGUUCCGAGGGUUCUGUUCCGUGUUUGUUACCGCUGCUUUCUCUUUCAACGGUUCCGAACUGGUGGGCCUUGCUGCUGCUGAAAGCAAGAACCCUACGAAAGCGCUUCCUAGUGCCAUCAAGCAGGUCUUCUGGCGUGUUACCCUCUUCUACGUCCUGGGUCUCUCUCUGAUAGGCCUUCUUAUUCGGUCUGACGAUCCUAGAUUGAUUUCAGAAUCCGCCUAUGCCGACGUUUCUGCCUCCCCAUUUGUCCUCGUCGGCCUUUACGCUGGCUUGAGGGGCUACGACCAUUUCAUCAACGCGGUUAUCCUGAUAUCGGUAUUAUCCGUCGGAAUGUCCUGCGUUUUCGGCGGCUCUCGGACUCUAACGGCUCUCGCUCAGCAGGGCUAUGCCCCUGAGAUCUUUACGUAUAUCGAUCGCUCAGGACGGCCUCUGGCUUCUACUAUAUUCAUGCUGGCCUUUGGCCCGCUGGCAUACGUCAACCUCAGCACGUCCGGACCAGUUGUUUUCGACUGGCUGCUCGCAUUAGGUGGCCUUGCUGCAACGUUUUCAUGGGGCUCCAUCUGCCUUGCGCAUAUCCGCUUCCGCCAAGCCUGGUCGUAUCAUGGCCACACUCUGGAUGAAAUUCCUUUCCAAGCCGUCGGGGGUGUUUACGGCUCCUGGCUUGGAUUGUUUCUCUGCUUUAUUGUUCUGGCAGCUCAGAACAGCAACAUGUCUGACGACGAAGACCACGCCUCGAUCGGUCGAUAUGACCAUCGAGCGCCUCGCUCAGACCGUGCCUGUUCGCCAGACUCUCGCUCAGAUCGACAAUCCCGGCGAUGCCCCACGCCCAGCUCUGUGAAGGCCUUCGCCAGUGCGCGGCAGCGUGGCCGGCUUUCGAUCAGUUCCGAGACACAAGGAAUUGAGAGGCGCGACGAUGCAAGACGCGGCAGUUACGUGGCAUACGGUGCCAGCCUCCGUUCAGACGAUGCUCGUAGCUCCCGGAGUUCUCGCAGCCGACCAGGUACUGUGGACUUUGACGACUCGGAAAGCCUAGCCAGCCUGGCAACGAUCAGGUCCAGUGACACUGAUAUAUCACGACCAGCGCGCAUGGCGCAGUCCAAUCAUGAGCUUUCCAUAAACUUCAACGUUUUGGACGCCCUGAUCGAGUUGGAGCAAAGUGAGCGCCCUACCCCCCACGCUUUCGAAAGUUUCCAGUCCAGCGGCAUGGAAACCAACCACUUCCCAAUGGUCACUUCGGACGGAGACUUUAUGGAACUUCCUCCUCGACUUUCGAGCGACUCCAAGCAGGCGCAUGGCAUGACGGCGGCCCAGCAGCAGCCAAAGCCUAUUCGCUUCAGUUUCUUCUCUUCGGCCUGGGAGUCAACGCUGCACGCUGCAGAAUUCGGGGACCUUCUUCUUCCCGGCGAGGACGUCAGAAACUUGUUCCAUGCUUCGCAGGAAACAGCCAAUGGUGUUUGGUGGCUGCACCUCAACAAUCCGACGCCAACAGAAGUCGUUGCCAUCUCCAGCGCUUUUGGGAUUCAUCCGCUCACCAUCGAGGAUAUCAGCACGCAGGAGAGUCGCGAAAAGAUUGAGCUUUUCCCGUCCUACUACUUUGCCUCCUUCAGAUCCUUCCAUGUCGUUGAGGAACCUGAAGGAAUCGAGUUCGAGCCUUUCAGUAUGUACCUCGUGGUGUUCCGCGAGGGCAUCAUCACCUUCAGCUUCGCACCGGAAACACACGCAUCCAAAGUCCGUUUCAGGAUCUCACAACUGACUGAGCACGUCUCUCUCAGCAGUGACUGGAUCUGCUACGCCCUGAUUGACGACAUUGUGGAUUCUUUCCUCCCUGCCAUUACGCAAAUCGAGCGUGAGGCAGACAAAAUCGAAGACGAAGUCUUCAUCACGAGACCAGAGGAUCACCAGGCGUUCCUCCAACGAAUGAGCCGCUCGCGAGCCAAUCUCACAGGACUCAUGCGACUCCUCGGCGGCAAGGUCGACGUCCUGCGCGCCUUUGUCAAACGGUGUAACGAGAAUUACAAGGUCACUCCUCGCAUGGACAUUGGUCUCUAUCUUGGCGACAUUCAGGACCACGUCGUGACCAUGAUCAACAGUCUCGUGCAGUUCGAAACGAUCCUGUCUCGCUGCCGAUCCAAUUACCUGGCCCAACUGUCCAUCGACAAUGUUACGCAGGGGAACCGAACGAACGAGUUUCUGAGCCGUAUUACGGUCAUAGCGUCGGUUCUUGUACCUCUCAACUUGGUCUGCUUCCUCUUUGGAAUGAAUGUCCGGGUACCAUGGGGACAGGACGACAAUCUGAAUGCUUGGUUGGGCAUCACGAGUGGAAUUAUCCUCUUUGUGCUCUUGUCUUUGCUGGUCGCCAAGCGAUUGAAGUAUAUUUAG